GGAUAGAUAUAACAUUUUUGUUGACCAAAAAAAUAUAGCAAUUCUAUGUUCAAUCAUAGAAAGACUUCCCUCAGCUUCUUGCAAAAAUGAAGCUACCUCUUGCAAAUUUUCAAUCAUGAAGUUACGACUUCCCUCAUCUUCUUGCAAUUCAGCAUCCUUCUCUGAGAUAAAAGCAUUUUUGGGCAUUUUUGAAUCUCUAUUGAAGAAUAUCAAGUGACAGCUGAUCAACCAAGGAAGUUGGAGAUUAAGAACACAUUAAACAAAGGUUCCUAUUCGUAAAGAAAAAGGAAAGGCGAGCGUUCUGGACUCUCUUAUGAGCAGUGCACAGAGGAGAAAACUGGCGGAUAUUAGCAACUUGCAGGAUCUUUCUAAACAAAUGAACAGAGAAGAUACGCGCCAGCAACAGAAUAUGUUAUUCUCUUCUAAGGAAUAUGCUGAAAAGCUUCAAAAGGAAAACAUGACGCUGAUGAAAGCUCUGGCACACAGAAAUAAAAUCAUCGAGCUGAGCGGUGUUGAGUUUCAGAAAAUGAGGAUCAACUUACGGAAUGUGCAGGAAAAGAAUUUGCAGUUUGCUCAGGCAAACAGUCAUAUGUUGGCGGAACUCAAUACAAACAGAGACAGACUCAAGCAACUUCAGCAUGAACUUGGCUGUAAGAAUGUAUUACUCGAAGCCAGGAAAAUGCAGCUUGAGGAGCAACCACUUCCAUGUACACACCACGCAUCCGAAGAUAAGGCGCUUGAUAUGAAUCGUAAAGACACCAAGAGAAAGCGAACGUCGAGGAUAAAACAAAGCUCCAACGUUAAGCCAAUUCUGGUUAAAGAGGACGCUAACAGUAAAAGGAAAGCUUCUGAAGUAAUAGAUACUAGUAGUAUCCCCGAAGUGACCUGUCAGACUGAAAAUGACUUUGAAAAGGGGGUUGUCGCAAACCAAAUUGUUGACAAUGUUGUCACCAAGAAGUUUGAUCUUGAUGCAGCAAACCUGGUACAAGACACUGUGCAUAGCAAGAGGCAAUGUGUACGAAGGAAAUCUACCAGGUUUGAUUUUCAAGAAACUGAACAAACGGAAAAAUUGCUUGAGAUGGAGGAUGCCAAAGAAAUUAAAGAAACCGCAAGGCUCUCUUUGAGAAGACGGUCUGCUCGGUUAAGGCCCGAAGAAGCUGAACUAUGUAAAAACUUCCAUGAGAGAGACGAAGUCAGGGAGACGAUCAAGAGGAGAAGAGUCUCUUCAAGAAAACAGUCUGCAAGGUUUGAUUUCCAAGAACCGGAAGUGAUUGAAACCUUGAAUGCCGAUGAUGCAGGAAGCUUGGUAAGCGACGGAUCAAGAUCUGAAGCUGUAAAACCAUCUGAAAGCAGACAUGACAUAAAAGAUACAAACGGGAAACGCAGAGUCUCAAUGAGAAGGCAACCAACAAAGGGUAAAUCUCAAACAGCUACAGACACCGAUGGAGCCAUCAAAGAAAUAGCGAAAGACCCGUCUUUGCGCAUCGACACAGUUGAGGAGUGUGUUCUGAGAUCAUCAUCAGCUUCUAAGGAAGACGACCAUGAAAGAGAAUCAAAGAAGAAGCCUAGAGCUGAGGAAACCGAAGGAAUGAUGAGAAGGACAUCUGUCGGAAGACCGUCAAGACACGCAGCAGAGAAAGUCCAAUCAUACAGAGAAGUCUCGCUUAAAGCGAAGAUGCGGCGAAACUGCUGAACCUCCAGUAUUGUCUUUUUGGCCUUUUGUGUUCUUUAUAUGCAAAACUGCUGUUCGGAAGCUUACUUCAUGCUUUUGUAUAUCCAAGUCAACUUUAUUAUCUUAUGAACUAUUCCUCCUGCA